CAUCCUGGGACCUAAGGUCCACAUCGGUAUUAAAGACGGCAUCAUCAAGACAAUGACGACCGAGAAGAUAACAGGUACCAAGGUUAUAGACGCUGAAGGUGCGUACAUCACGCCUGGAGGCAUUGAUGCCCAUGUGCAUUUGGAUCAGGACGAUUUCCCGAACGGUGAUACUUUCGAAACGGGAACUCGAAGUGCCAUCGCUGGUGGUACAACAUCGAUCAUUGCGUUUGCACUGCAACCAAAGGGUCAACAUGACUUGGAGAAGGCAGUGGAUAACUACUUCGAGAGAACAGAGUGUGGUGCCUACUGUGAUUAUGGGUUCCAUUUGAUCUUAAGUGAUCCAACUCCUGAGGUUCUCAAGCAAUUGCCUAGAAUGGUUGAAAGAGGAUUGACGAGUUUGAAGGUCUUUACAACUUAUCCUAUGUACAAGAUUAACGAUUCAGAGUUGUUGGAUGUGUUGUUGGAAACCAGAAAGUUGAAGAUAACCAUGAUGAUUCAUGCCGAGAACUAUGAUGUUAUCAAAUACUUGAACGAAAAAUUGGAACAGAAGAAACUAACUGAUCCAUACUACCAUGCUGUGUCAAGACCUGAAGAAGCUGAAGAUGAGGCAUCUUACAGAGUCAUUACUCUCUCGAAGUUUGUCGAUACACCAAUCCUCAUCGUUCAUAUGUCUUGCGAGGCUUCGAUCAACCACGUUGAGAACGCACAAAAGAAGUUGUUGCCGGUGUACGCUGAGACUUGUCCUCAGUACCUGUUCUUGACAAGUGACUACUUAAAGGCUGGAUGUGAACACCAUGUCCAUCCAGAGGAUCCGUUUGAAGGUGCUAAAUACAUCUGCUCGCCACCUCUAAGAGCAGAUACCACUGAAUUGGACGGUGUUUGGAGAAAGAUCCAGAAUGGAACCGUCACAAUCUUUUCGAGUGAUCAUGCUCCAUCCAUCUAUGAGCAUCCAAACGGUAAGAAAAGAGGUCUCAUUAACGGACUGCCACAUUAUCAGCACAUUCCAAAUGGUCUCUCGGGUGUUGAAACCAGAGUACCACUGUUGUUCUGCUAUGGUGUUGAAACGGGACGUAUAACACCACAGAGGUUUGUUGAACUUUGCUCGACAAACCCUGCAAAGAUCUAUGGUUUGAGCGAAACAAAGGGAUCCAUCGGUGUUGGUAUGGAUGCUGAUAUCACUAUUUGGUAUCCAAAGGGUAAAAUGUUGCCAUUUGAAUUGACAAACGAAAUGUUGCACCACCAAAUCGAUCAUACAGCAUUUGCAGGUAUGACCUUCACCAACUGGCCAAAGUACACGGUCGUUAGGGGUGAACUAGUUUGGGAUAGGGAUAAUGGUGGAAUUGUUGGUAAACUGGGCUUUGGUAAGUUCUUAAAAAGAGGUGCAUCUGCGUUGGCUGGUCCAAGAAAGGAACUAAACCCCAUCCUUGCUUAAAAUAACAUUAUUAUGAAUCAAUACACAUAUCUAAACUU